UGUCAGCUAGUUAUUUGUGGGGAGGCGCUGUAGCCAUUUCGCCACAUGAAAGCCCGAUGCGCUGAACAACCAACAUCCGAGUUGUUCGUGGAGAAGAGAAAUCCGCUUUGAGGAGCUCCGCGCGCGCGCGCACACACACGUACACGAACUCGCGCGCAAAGACGCACGGCGCACAUACACUUCCUCCUCCUCCACUGUGGAAAAACAGAGAGGGCACUCGAAACGCAAACUUCAACUCUCCCAUGUGGAAGGCAGAGGUUUGAGGAUAAGGUCUAUUUUUUUCCUCUCCCGGGCUCCGUUCCUUCCCCCUCUCUCCCUCUCUUUCUCCCUCUUCUACUGUUUUUUUUUGGCUGGAUAGUUGUGCUUCUAUGAGAGUCUUGCUCGGCGAGAAGAGAAGUUUGGUAGUUCUGAGGUCGGCUGAGGAGGAGGAGGAGGAGAAGAGUCGGAUUAAAAGUGGGGGAAGAUGGUCCGCAACGCCGCUUGGAGAAGAAGCUCGCUGUGCGUCCUGGCGCUCUGUCUCAGCUUUGCGUCCCCGCCGUGCAACGCUCGGAUUUACACCAACCACUGGGCAGUCAGGAUAGCCGGUGGACCCGAUGUAGCCGAGCGGAUAGCGGAUAAAUAUGGCUAUAGGAACAUGGGACAGAUUGGGGAUCUCAAAGACCACUAUCACUUCUUCCAUAGCCGAACCAUCAAGAGGUCGACUUUGUCAAGCCGCGGACGCCACAGUUUUAUUUCCAUGGAGCCCAAGGUGGAGUGGGAUCAGCAGCAGGUGGUGAAGAGGAGGAUGAAGAGGGAUUACAAGCCAGACCCGCCCCUUUCUUUGACUAGCCCGCCCACAGCUACCCAGCCCAGAACAAACAUAUUCUAUAAUGACGCCAAGUGGAGCAGCAUGUGGUACAUUCACUGUAACGACGACGUCCAUAACUGUCAGUCGGACAUGAACAUCAUGGGGGCAUGGAAGAGAGGCUACACGGGUAAAGACGUGGUGGUGACCAUACUAGAUGAUGGCAUCGAGAGGAACCACCCAGACCUCUUUCAGAACUACGAUCCUCAAGCCAGCUUUGAUGUCAACGGUAAUGAUAUGGAUCCCAUGCCUCGAUAUGACGCCAAUGAGAACAAACACGGGACACGGUGUGCAGGCGAAGUUGCUGCAGCCGCAAACAACUCCCACUGCAUAGUGGGGAUUGCCUACAAUGCCAGAAUAGGAGGUGUGCGAAUGCUGGAUGGCGAUGUAACCGAUAUGGUGGAGGCAAAGUCUCUGAGCCUCCAGCCGCAGCACAUUGACAUCUACAGCGCCAGCUGGGGACCUGAUGAUGACGGGAAGACCGUGGAUGGACCAGCAUCUCUGGCCAGGCAGGCCUUCGAGAACGGCAUCCGCAUGGGGAGGAAGGGUCGUGGCUCUAUUUUCGUGUGGGCUUCAGGAAACGGUGGGCGCAGUAGAGACCAUUGUUCCUGCGAUGGCUACACCAACUCCAUCUACACCAUCUCCAUCUCCAGCACAGCUGAGAGCGGACGCAAGCCAUGGUACCUGGAGGAAUGCUCGUCCACACUGACCACCACCUACAGCAGCGGGGAGAACUACGACCGAAAGAUUAUCACAACAGACCUGAGACAUCGAUGUACAGACAGUCACACAGGGACAUCGGCCUCGGCUCCCAUGGCUGCUGCCAUUGUUGCACUGGCCCUGGAGGCAAAUCCUCUUCUAACAUGGAGAGAUGUUCAGCACAUAAUUGUAAAGACCUCAAGAGCCGGACAUCUCAGCGCCCCUGACUGGAAGACCAAUGCUGCUGGUUACAAUGUCAGCCACCUUUACGGCUUUGGUCUAAUGGAUGCUGAGGCGAUGGUGAAGGAGGCAGAGCGAUGGAAGCAAGUCCCUACUCAGCACGUCUGUGUGGAGAGUGCAGACCGACAAAUAAGAACUAUCCGUCCCGAGCAUGUGGUCCGGUCGGUGUACAAGGCAACAGGAUGCACUGACAACCCCAACCACCAUGUGAUCUACCUGGAGCACGUGGUCGUACGUAUUACAAUCACACACCCUCGCCGUGGGGACCUGUCAAUCAAUCUGACCUCACCCUCAGGGACCAAGUCUCAGCUGCUUGCCAACAGGUUGUUUGAUCACUCCAUGGAGGGUUUUAAGAACUGGGAGUUUAUGACCACCCACUGCUGGGGAGAGAAGGCAGCAGGCGACUGGGUCCUAGAGAUCUAUGAUUCACCUUCUCAACUCCGCAGCCAAAAAGUACCCGGCAAGCUGAAAGAGUGGUCACUGGUGCUCUAUGGCACCUCUGUGCACCCAUACUCAUCUCUGCGCAGCGAUAAGCCCCGCUCCACAGACAUGCUGACGCCCACUGAGGAGGAGUUCACAGAGGAGUACAACGGCCCCUGUGACUCUGAAUGCAAUGAGAACGGCUGUGAAGGUCCUGGACCUCAUCACUGCAUAAACUGCCUCCACUACUUUCUUAAGUUCAAGAACAACACCAGGAUGUGUGUGUCGGAGUGCCCCAGUGGCUUUUUCCAUGAUGAUAGGAAGCGCUGCAAGAAGUGCUCCUCGUUGUGCGAGACCUGCGUUGGUAGCCGUAGUGACCAGUGCACCACAUGCAGGACUGGUUUCCACCUAAACGAGGGCUCCAACACGUGUGGAGCCAACUGUGGCGACGGCUUCUACCUCGACCAUGAUUCCAACAUUUGCCGGAGAUGUCCAGAGAACUGUAAGAAGUGCACCACCUCCAACAUCUGCACAGAAUGUAAACCUGGGAUGAGUCUUCAAGGAAACAAGUGUCAGAUGACCUGUGACCCAGGGACUUAUUACAAUGGCCACAGAAGGAAUUGUGAGCCCUGUCAUCGGGCUUGUGCCACCUGCGCAGGCACAGGUAUAGAGGCUUGCACAAAGUGUGCAGAUAGCUAUUUUCUUGAGGAAUGGCGGUGUGUGUUAACAUGCAGCACUGGCUACUACCUGUCAGAGCAGACCUCAGACAACGGGCAGGUGCAGAGGUCCUGUAAGAAGUGUGACCAUAGCUGCUAUGAGUGCUCGGGGCCCGGUGAAAGGAACUGCAGCAGCUGUGUCAGUGGUUACAAUCUGGAGGCGGGAGCCUGUGUGGUCAGCACCAUCUGCAAAGAUGCAAAUGAAGAAUCUUGGGCGGAAGGCAGUUUCUGCGUGCUCGAAAAGAACAAUCUUUGCCAGAGGAAAGUUCUGCAGCAACUGUGCUGCAGAACGUGCUCGCAAAAAGGUUGACGGGACGUACUCAAUGGGCGUAAAGGGAGUGCGGGGGGGAUGUGGGGGCACAGGGGGCACCCCUCCUUCUCAACCCCCCCUGCCCACUCAUUCACAGUCACAUAA